AUGGACUUGAGCGAAGAAGUUAGGGCAGCGCACAAGCGAGAGUUCGCCGAUUUCUUGGAUCAAGAUGUGGGGAAGGGCAUAUACAUGGACGAAAUCAAAGCCCUAAUCAACCACAAGCGUCACCGCCUUAUCGUCAACAUCUCCGAUCUUCACAACUUUCGCGACUUGGGUAACAGGAUUAUCAGGAGUCCAAGUGAGUAUAUACAACCGUUCUGUGAUGCGGUGACGGAAGCUACUCGUGCUAUUGAUCCCAAGUAUUUGAAGGAAGGGGAACAAGUGCUUGUGGGAUUUGAAGGUCCCUUUGUUUCUCGCCGAGUCACGCCAAGAGAGCUUCUCUCUGAAUUCAUAGGUUCUAUGGUCUGUGUUGAGGGAAUUGUCACCAAAUGUUCUCUUGUGAGGCCGAAGGUUGUUAAAAGUGUUCAUUUCUGCCCCACCACGGGAAACUUUACUUCUCGCGAAUAUCGUGAUAUUACAUCUAAUUUGGGUUUGCCCACAGGAUCAGUGUACCCUACAAGGGAUGAAAAUGGCAACUUACUUGUGACCGAGUAUGGAUUGUGCAAAUACAAAGAUCAUCAAACAUUAUCCAUUCAAGAAGUUCCUGAGAACUCUGCUCCUGGUCAACUCCCAAGAACAGUAGAUGUCAUUGUAGAAGAUGACCUUGUUGAUUCUUGCAAGCCUGGAGAUCGAGUGGCAAUUGUGGGAAUAUAUAAGGCUCUUGCAGGGAAAAGUAAAGGCAGUGUGAAUGGAGUAUUCAGGACUGUGCUCAUAGCCAACAAUGUUUCUCUUCUCAACAAAGAGGCUAAUGCACCAAUCUACAGCCCUGAAGAUCUCAAAAACAUAAAAAAGAUAGCUGAAAGAGAUGAUGCAUUUGACCUGCUAAGUAAUUCGCUUGCACCUUCUAUAUAUGGGCAUUCUUGGAUAAAGAAAGCAGUGAUUUUGUUGAUGCUUAGUGGAGUGGAGAAGAACUUAAAGAAUGGCACUCACUUGCGAGGUGACAUUAACAUGAUGAUGGUUGGUGAUCCCUCUGUUGCCAAGUCUCAACUCUUGAGAGCAAUUAUGAACAUUGCUCCUUUGGCCAUAUCAACUACAGGCCGGGGUUCUUCCGGGGUUGGUUUGACAGCCGCAGUUACUUCAGAUCAAGAAACAGGAGAGAGAAGGCUAGAAGCUGGGGCAAUGGUUCUUGCCGACAGAGGUGUUGUCUGCAUUGAUGAAUUUGACAAGAUGAAUGAUCAAGACCGUGUUGCUAUACAUGAAGUUAUGGAGCAGCAGACUGUAACUAUUGCUAAAGCUGGUAUCCAUGCAUCACUGAAUGCCCGAUGCAGUGUGGUUGCCGCUGCGAAUCCCAUAUAUGGAACUUAUGAUCGUUCAUUGACUCCAACCAAAAAUAUUGGGCUUCCAGACUCCUUGCUUUCUCGAUUUGAUCUGCUGUUUAUUGUGUUAGAUCAAAUGGAUCCUGACAUUGAUCGUCGAAUAUCAGAGCAUGUACUUCGUAUGCAUAGAUUUCGUUCUUCUGUUGAUGGAGGUGAGGCAGCGCUUGCUGGUAGCUCAAGAUAUGGAAGAGAAGACGAAGCUGAUGCGGACUCAUCUAUCUUUGUCAAAUAUAACAGAAUGUUACAUGGGAAGAAAACAGAAAGAGGUCGCAAGCGUGAUACACUUACAAUUAAGUUUCUUAAAAAAUACAUCCACUACGCUAAGCAUAGGAUUCAGCCUGAACUGACUGAUGAGGCAUCGGAGAACAUUGCCACAGCCUAUGCUGAGCUCAGAAAUGCAAGUUCAAAUGCAAAGACUGGAGGAACACUUCCCAUAACUGCCAGAACUUUAGAAACCAUCAUACGUCUCUCAACAGCACAUGCCAAAUUGAAAUUGAGCAGAAAGGUUUCAAAGUCUGAUGUUGAAGCUGCUUUGAAGGUUCUAAAUUUUGCAAUAUAUCACAAAGAACUUACAGAAAUGGAGGAGCGUGAGCAAGAGAGAGAGAAAGAGCUAGACAGGAAGCGCAAGGCUGAUCACAAUGAAAAUGAUGGUCCUGAUCGUGGUCCUAAAGAUAGAAGAGGGUCAACAUCAGCAGCAGAUGCCAUGGAAGUAGAUGAUACCUCAGCAGCUGAAGCUGCUGUUGGACUCACCCCUGCAAGAAUUGAAGCAUUUAAUUCUCAAUUUGGUCAGCAUAUGCGUGCCAAUCGCCUGGAUCUCAUAGCUAUUGCAGACGUAGAGGACGUUAUCAACAGAGGGGCAGAUUCGCCUUACAGCGCAGCAGAUAUACUACUACUAUUAGAGAGGUUGCAAGAUGACAAUAGAGUGAUGAUAGUUGAUGGAAUGGUGCAUAUGAUAUCAUAA